AUGUUCAAUAACUUAGAAAAGAAUACAAAAGAAAAUGUAGAAGCACCCAUUGACUCCAAAUCUGGAUCUCAGGAAGAAAAUUCUGAAGAAAAAAAUGGCAAUACGUGUCUAACAAACAGAGAAAAAAUAUUUUAUGAUAUUUCCGAAGAGACCGAAUACUUAUCGGUGCAAACAAAUGAUGAAAAAAUAGAAUUAAACAAUUUUUAUGAUUUAACCGAAGUAAAAGGGAAAAAAGAUGAAGUUAUAUGCAUAUGCUCAAACUCGACAAAUGAUGCUAAAAAUGAAAGUUCAGGUUCUUUAGAAGAAAGUGGAAAAGAGGAAACAGAAAUUUUAAAUGCCAAAGAUGAUCAAAAUUUUCCCACAGAAGUAGGAACAAAGCAUGGUUGCAACACUAACAAUUGCAGCAACAUGUGUUAUGCGAAUGGUAAAAAUGGCAAUGAGAGUGACAAUUCUAAUGGAAACUGUAAUGAGAGUGACAAGGUUAAUGGAAACUGUAAUGAGAGUGACAAGACUAAUGGAAACUGUAAUGAGAGUGACAAGACUAAUGGAAGCUGUAAUGAGAGUGACAAGACUAAUGGUAACUAUAAUGACAGCAACAAUGAUAAUGAGAACUUUAAUGAGAAUCAUAAAUUUAAGGGAAUUUCUAAUGAGAAUAACAAUGCAAAUGGCAACAGUACAGAUGAGAACAAUAAAGACAUAAAUUAUAGAGAAGAGGAGAAAAAUGUAUACGUUUUAUGCAAUAUAUGCGAUGAUGUUAUGGAAAAAUCCAUUUUACAGGAUCAUUUAUAUGCACAUACAAUAGAGUGUACAGAACAAAUCGAACCAAGCUAUAGGUAUGAAAGGCAAAAGAAUUUAAACCCUGACGCAUUCGAAACAAGGGAUAAGGAUUUUUGUAUUAAUAUUAGCUCAAGCAGAAACAAACAAAAUAAAUAUGCACAAAAACGUUCAUUCAAUAAUGCACAUUGUGCUUUUAGUAAUUCUGAAAUAAUAUUAAGUGAUAAUAGUAGCAAUAAUGCUGAGGAAGAUAGCAUUUUCGAUAUGCUUUAUAAUUACAAUACUAACCUUUAUCAUUUCAGAAACAACCCAGUAGUUAUCAACAAAAGAAAUAAUAAUAGUGGAAAUUGCAUGUCUGGAAACAACAACAAGCUGGUGAAUGAUGGAAAAAAUAAUAAUUCCAUAAAUGAUUUAUGUGAAGAUAGAAGUUCACAAAAUAUAAUUGAAAUUGUGAAUCAUUGGGAAAACGAAGUAGAAGAUAUUUUACCAUUUAAUAAUAAUAUUGAAAAUGUAGAUAGGAACAUAACAAAAAAUGAAAGAAGAAAUUUUUUCGAUAAUUUAGAAACUAAUGCAACAAUUUUUGAAAAUUAUUUAUAUGCUAUGAGAGAAUCUCUUUCUUCCAUAUUUUACAACCCUGAUGCAGCAUCAUCAAUUAAAAAUAGCACCAUGUGUAAUAACAUAGACAAUCAUAAAAAUGAGGAACAUUCUAAUAGUAUUAUUGCCAAUAUAUAUUGCAUUAUAAACACAAUACAAACUAAUAUAAAAAGGGUUACGGAAAAAUUGAAGAACUCUGUUAAUAGUAUAAAUACAGAGAUAAUCGAUUUUUUAAAUAAAAAUUUGAAUUCUGUAAUCACAGAUAUAAAUAAUUUAAAAGGAACAUAUAAAAAUGGAAAAAAGCAUGAUACUAUCGACACUGAAUUAAAUAAAAAAUUAAAGAAAAUAUAUAAAAUGUUAGAUAAUAUGAAUAAAAAAAUUAACACUGAAUUAGAAAAUAUCAUGGACAUUUUAGGGAGUAAUAAUAAUCACACAGAUGAUAGGGAAAGCAUUGUUAACAGUAUUAGCAGGGAUGUUCUUGAUAGUACCACUGUUACGAUUGUUAAUAGCACGAACAGUACCACCAUCACUGAGGGGAGAAGCAGGGAAAACAUUAUGCACAUGAACAACAGCAAUAAUCAUAAUGAGAAUGUUAAUAAUAAUAGCAGAAGAAAUAAUUUUGAAAAUAGAAGCAGUAAUUAUAGGGAUAAAAACUCGAAUGGGACAAACGCCAAUUGUGCAAGACAAAAUAAUUUUUAUAAUUCAAAUAGAUCAUUAAACAAUAUAAAUGGAACCCCAAAACAUGAAUAUAAUAACAGAAAUCGUGGUGGAACUUUUCACCAUCAUAACACAUUUUCAAAUGAAAGAUUUUUUACAGGGAUAUCUGGAGAUUCAUUACCACACGCUCAUUUUUCUUAUUCACCUGUAAAUCCACAUAAUCCCUUAUUUCGUACAGAAGCAGAAAAUGUUAAUGAUAUAAAUUAUUUAUAUUCCACUCUGGUAGAUAGAUAUCCAUGUAUUUGUGAAAAUUCAUCGUUUUCCCAUUUUGAUAAUAACUCUAAUAAUAUUUGGCCCCUAAGAAGAGUAACAAACAAUAAUGCAUACAGAGCUAUGAAUGAUUCACCCAAUUCUAGAUUAAAAAAAGAAUCAAGCAACAUAAAUAUGAAUGUUAAUAUUUUUACAUAUCAUAACAGGAAUAAUAAUGACAAUAAUAACACCUUUCCCAUAAAUAAUGCAAGUAACACAAGUAAUCAUAUAAAUAGGAAUAUCAGGUAUAAUUUAAUUAAUAAUGGUGUAGAGACAUAUACUUCUGAUUCAACUGUUGGCAAUCCAUUUCUAUUUGUAGGAAAUAGACAUAAUAGAAAUGCUAGAAAUGAUAUUAGGACUAAUCAUAUUAUUAACACAGUUUCGAGCAAUUACAGUUUUAUGACGACUAAUAGGAAUGGCAUAAGCAAUGGAACAGCUAGGACAAAUAAUAAUAGAAGUAUAAAUUUAGGCUCAUCUAUAAUCCAUAACGAGAACAACGACAUAGGAACCACAUCUAUUAUUAACAUAAAUAAUCUCAAUUGUGUUACAACUAAUAGCAAUUAUAAUAAUAACAGGCCUGCUUCUAUGGCUGCUGUAAUUACUACAAGAGCCUUUCCAAUAACUUCUAGAACAGGUGAAGACAGAACAACGGAUGCAAUUGCAGCUGGUCCCCCAUGCAGAAGUGUUGCACCCUUUGCUGAUCAACAUACCAGUAGAAGCUCAUCUAGGAGUAGCACAACAGUUGCAAACAGGAACAGUUGUAGAAAUUCAUCUUCUGGAUAUGGCAUUUACAUUGCUGGGAGAGGCAAUAAUAAUGGAUCUGGCAGAAAUGGUCUCAGUAGAGGAAGUAACAACAACAGCGGAAGCAGUAAUAAUAGCAAUAAUAACAACUCCCCGAUCUCUUGCUUCGUCAAUGCAAGCUCAGUUGACUAUAACAUUAUCAAUAACAACACGCGAAGAAUAUCAGAGAAUUUGAGUGGCACAAAUUUAAGAAGAGAACAAACACUGACUCGAAGUAAUGAAAGACAUAAUAGGGUUAUAAAUAGAAACAUAAGAGAAAUGAACAACAAUACGCCAAAUAAUGUCAGAGAACAUUAUGGAAAUAGAAAAUUAGGUGCCAGAGCAAAGUUAAAAGAAAAUAAUGAUUAUUUAAUAGUUCAAUUUGAUAUAAAAAAAAACGAGAAUAAUAAUUUAAAAAUAUGCUCUAUUUGUUAUGAAAAUUAUCAACAUAACGAAUCUCUUAUAUUUUUACCAUGUACUCACAAUUUUCAUAAAACUUGUAUAAUUGAAUGGAUAAAUAAAAAGUCAACGUGUCCUAUUUGUAAAAUUAACAUUAAAAAUUUUUAA